AGCACUCUUGGCCAGACCAUGGAAUCUCCUAAUUACACUAACAUGGACCCUUCUGUCUUCUUCCUCCUGGGCAUCCCAGGUCUGGAACAAUUCCACCUGUGGCUCUCCUUCCCUGUGUGUUGUCUGGGCACAGCCACAAUUGUGGGCAACAUAACCAUCCUGGUUGUUGUCGUCACUGAACCAGCCUUACGCAAGCCAGUGUACCUUUUCCUGUGCAUGCUCUCAACCAUCGACUUGGCUGCAUCUGUCUCCACAGUUCCCAAGCUACUGGCCAUCCUCUGGUGUGGAGCUGGACACAUAUCUGCCUCUUCUUGCCUGGCACAGAUGUUCUUCAUUCAUGCCUUCUGCAUGAUGGAGUCUACUGUGCUGCUGGCCAUGGCCUUUGAUCGCUAUGUGGCCAUCUGCCACCCACUCCGCUAUGCUAUGAUCCUCACUGACACCAUCAUAGUCCGCAUUGGGAUGGUAGCUAUGAUGCGAGGCUCCUUGCUCAUGCUCCCAUGUCCCUUUCUUAUUGGGCGUUUGAGCUUCUGCCAAGGCCAUGUGAUUCCUCACACAUACUGUGAGCACAUGGCUGUGGUGAAGCUGGCCUGUGGAGACACCAGGCCUAAUCUGGUGUAUGGGCUAACAGCUGCACUUUUGGUCAUUGGGGUUGAUUUGUUCUGCAUUGGUCUCUCCUAUGCCCUCAUUGCACAAGCUGUCCUUCGCCUCUCAUCCCAUGAAGCUCGGUCUAAGGCCCUGGGGACCUGUGGUUCCCAUGUCUGUGUCAUCCUCAUCUCUUAUACACCAGCCCUCUUCUCCUUUUUUACACACAGGUUUGGCCAUCACGUUCCACUCCAUAUUCACAUCCUUUUGGCCAAUGUCUAUCUGCUCUUCCCGCCUGCUCUUAACCCUAUUGUAUAUGGAGUAAAGACCAAGGAGAUUUAUGAAAGGGUCAUCAGGGUGUUCCAAAGGAGACAGGGAACUGGUAUCAAGGCAGCUCAGUGA